CGAUGCUAAACCAGUGAAAGUAAUAACCAUCCACCACCUGCUCGCUUCUCUUCCCUUUCUUCUGCCAUCACAUCCAAAAUGCCGGCAACUGCCCUUCAAACUCCCCACAAGAGAGUGCUGGUUGAAUCGACAAACACCAAAGCCAACAUCCAACUUUCCCCACACUCUGCAAAGAAGAGGCGGCUCAACGACUCUCCAGCAGGAAAGCUCAAAGCUCCAACGAGGAUCGUAAAUGGCGCCCCAGCUUCCAGUCAGGGGAAGAGUCAUUUUGAAGAGGAGGUGCUGGAGAAGUUGUCACAGGAUAUCAAUGGCUUGAAGCAGAGGAACUCCGAGACUGACCAAGAGUGGGCCCGACCCCCGCUGGGCGAUUUCAGCGAGGAGACGGAUAAUAUCUGCUUCCAGCAAAUUGAAGCGGAUGAAGGCUCACUACAUGGAGGAAGAACGACAGUGAGAUUGUUUGGUGUAACGGAGACCGGCCACUCUGUCCUUGUCCAUGUCACAGGUUUCAUGCACUACCUAUACGUUGCAGCGCCAGUGUCCUUUGAACCGAAAGACUGCGAACCCUUCGGCCGUUUCUUGGACGGCAAGCUCGCCCAGCAUCAGCCCACGAUCCACUCCGUCCAAAUCGUCCUCAAAGAGAACAUUUUUGGCUUCCAGGGAAAUCAGAAAGCGGCAUACCUCAAAAUCACCGUGUCGGAUCCGCGAUGGAUCAACCGUGUCCGGACAUGCAUCGAGACCGGAAAUGCCAACUACAAGGGGUUGUGGAAGUCGCCCGAUGGAGGCGUGCUCACGUUUGACAGCAUUCAAUACAUUCUUCGAUUCAUGAUCGACUGCAAGAUAUCCGGCAUGUCGUGGGUCGAAGCCCCGGCCGGAAAAUACAGACUGCUCCCACAGAAGGAAAGACACUCCAACUGCCAAAUCGAAGCCGAAGUCAACUACAAAGAUCUCAUUGCUCACCAAGCUGAAGGUGACUGGGCCAAGAUGGCCCCUCUUCGUGUUCUCUCGUUCGACAUCGAGUGUGCUGGCCGAAAAGGUAUCUUCCCUGAAGCCGAUCAAGACCCAGUUAUCCAGAUUGCCAACGUUGUGACACGAUAUGGCGAGGAGAAACCUUUCGUCCGAAACGUUUUCGCUAUGGACACUUGCAGCCUUAUCGUGAACACACAGAUCUUCGAGUUCCAGAAAGAAGAAGACAUGCUCAUAGCGUGGCGAAAUUUCCUCGAGAAAGUGGAUCCGGAUGUCAUUAUCGGUUACAACAUCGCCAACUUCGACUUUCCGUACUUACUGGACCGAGCCAAGCAUCUCAAGGUCACAAAAUUCCCGUAUUGGACCCGUUUGAGGAAUGUCAGGUCGCAGCAUACCAGCACCAACUUCUCCAGCAAACAAAUGGGCAAUCGAGACACGAAAACGACCAACACCAACGGGAGACUUCAACUUGACCUCCUUCAGCUCGUUCAGCGCGAUCAUCAACUCCGGAGUUACACGUUGAAUUCCGUGUGUGCCCAUUUCCUAAAUGAACAAAAGGAAGAUGUGCACCAUACGAUGAUCACCGAACUCUACAAUGGCGAUGCCAACACGAGGCGCCGUCUCGCAGUGUACUGCUUGAAGGACGCCUAUUUGCCGCAGCGUCUUCUAGACAAGCUCAUGUGUCUCGUCAACUACACCGAGAUGGCAAGAGUUACGGGAGUCCCUUUCAAUUUCCUUCUCUCUCGAGGACAGCAAGUCAAGUUUUUGAGCCAGUUGUUCCGGAAGGCUCUCGAGCAGGAUCUGGUCAUUCCAAAUCUCCGGUCCGAGGCCACGGACGAGCAGUAUGAAGGAGCGACAGUCAUUGAACCCGUGCGAUCCUAUUACCGUGUUCCCAUUGCCACCCUGGACUUUGCGUCUCUGUAUCCCAGUAUCAUCCAGGCACACAACCUCUGCUACACAACAUUGCUGAACAAAACCGCGGUCGAGAAACUCCAGUUGAAAAAAGACGACGACUAUAUCGUCACCCCGAAUGGCGACAUGUUCUGUACCGCCAAAGUCCGUAAAGGCCUUCUAUCUCAGAUCUUGGAGGAGCUUCUGGGGGCGCGAAAAAUGGCCAAACGGGAAUUGGCUGUCGAGACUGACCCCUUCAAGAAAGCGGUAUUGAACGGUCGUCAGCUUGCCUUGAAGAUCAGCGCCAAUAGUGUGUACGGUCUCACUGGUGCCACCGUCGGCAAGCUGCCCUGUCUUGCGAUUGCAAGCAGUACCACGAGCUAUGGGCGACAGAUGAUCGAGAAGACGAAGCAUGAGGUCGAAGCGAAGUAUACUAUGGCGAAUGGGUAUUCUCACGACGCUCAGGUUGUGUACGGCGACACCGAUUCCGUGAUGGUCAAAUUCGGGCCGGCCGAUCUUGCGAAAGCCAUGGAGCUGGGCGAAGAGGCGGCGAAAUAUGUCUCGUCCAAGUUCCUGAAGCCGAUUAAACUGGAAUUCGAGAAGGUAUAUUUCCCGUAUCUGCUGAUCAACAAGAAGCGAUAUGCCGGGCUUUACUGGACCAAUCCCGACAAGUGGGACAAGAUGGACACCAAGGGCAUCGAGACCGUUCGUCGGGACAAUUGUCGUUUGGUGCAAACUGUCAUUGAGACAUCACUGAAGAUGUUGCUCAUCGACCGAGAUGUCGAAGGGGCGCAGGAGUUUGUCAAAGAAACCAUUUCCGACCUACUCCAGAAUAAGGUCGAUAUGUCCAACCUAGUCAUUACCAAGGCAUUGACCAAGUCCGACUAUGCCGCCAAACAGGCGCACGUCGAGCUCGCCGAGCGCAUGAAAAAGCGUGACGCCGGAUCUGCCCCCGCCCUCGGCGAUCGUGUCGCCUACGUGAUCGUCAAAGGCGCCGCCGGCUCCCGCAAUUUCGAAAAGAGCGAAGACCCCCUCUACGUCCUCGAGCACAACCUCCCCAUCGACACCAAAUACUACCUCGAGAACCAACUCGCCAAACCCCUCGGCCGCAUCUUCGAACCCAUCCUAGGCGACAAGGUGGCCUCGCAGCUCCUGACCGGCGCGCACACUCGCAGCAUCGCGGUCGCCGCGCCGACGAUGGGGGGGCUCAUGAAGUUCGCCAAGAAGACACAGACGUGCAUGGGGUGCAAGAAGCCGCUCACGAGCGCGGAGGAGCGGGACGGUGCGGUGUGCUCCGACUGCCGGCCGCGGUUCGGGGAACUGUAUCAGAAAACGCUGGGGCGGGUGAGCGAGCUGGAGGUGCGGUUCGCGCGGCUAUGGACGCAAUGUCAACGGUGCCAAGGAAGCAUGCACAAUAACGUGAUCUGCAGUAGUCGCGACUGUCCGAUCUUCUACAUGCGGAUGAAGGCGAUGAAGGAUGUGGAGGACUCGGGGAAGGAGUUGGCAAGGUUUGAUCGCGAUCAGGCCUUGUGGUAGACGCCGGGCGUAUACCAGAGAAAACGGAACGAGUGAAGAUACGAUGGUUGAGCGAAUUCCAAGAUCAUCGACCGUCAAUCCUAAUAGUGUGCAUAUAUCAUUCUAAACUGGAAGGCGACGCAUGGUGAGAUGGCAUUUUUGGACCACUGUUUCUUAUUGGGAAUCAGGUUUCUAGACAACGGAUCAGCUUUCCAGCACCAGUCCAUUUGUACCGUAGGACCGGCGCAGUAUCAUUCACAUUAGUUAUGGGAGACUAGCGUAGGAUAUGAAUUUGCUAUGAAUAUGGUAUUAUGGGACAAAUAUAGAUUUGGUACUCCAUGGAUAAGCAUCGAUGGUCAGGUGUUACGAGUUCUGACAAUAACCGGUGUCUCUCGCGACUACCUAUCCUACGCU